AUGUUCACCAAAAACACAAAAGAUAUGGCUGUUCAGUGUACUCUAAUGGAUCAUUCGAUGUCCUCCAAAAUGGAUGGAAUGGACACAAAAUUAACAAACAUUCUUGCCAUCCUAAGCGCCAUCAACAACGACAAAUUAGAAAAAGUGAUAACCAUGCUAGGUAGUUUCACCCCCUCAUUAACAGACUUUGACAUUGAAAAUGGCUUAACGUUAUUAACAGACAUGCCUCAGCCAAGCCCCGCUCCAUCAGCUCAUUCACCAACACUUCCUCAAAUGACAACGUUACCUCCUAUGCAAGCAGUAUCUCCAACGCCAGCACUCUCACCAACUCCAACAGUCCCUUCACCACCAGUAAUAACCCACAGGCCAACUUUCACCACACCAACAGCAGUUUCUACACCUACCAUCGCUCUGAUGACGACAGUCCCUACACCACCAGAAAUAACCCACAGGCCAUCUUUCACCACACCAACAGCAGAUCCUACACCUACCAUCGAUCUGAUGACGACAAUCCCUUCACAACCAGUAAUAACCCACAGGCCAUCUUUCACCACACCAACAGCAGAUCCUAUACCUACCAUCGAUCUGAUGACGACAGUCCCUUCACCACAAGUAAUAACCAAGAGGCCAACUUUCACCACACCAACAACAAAUUCUACACCUAUCAUCACUCUGAUGACGACAGUCCCUUCACCGGCAGCAGUAACCCAAAUUUUUUCAAGCAGUUCUGAUGGUAGGCUGAUGGAGAUAGGAUCAUUCAAUGACAUGACUUACGUGCCAGGAGAUGCUGAGGUGAGAGUACGACAGGCCAUUAUUAACAACACCAUGUGUAGGGUAUGUUCCACCGGUAACUUUGUCUGGACUCUGUUCUAG